CCAAGAACUUUUGAGAACUCCCACCAUUUCGUCAUCCCCAAGCUAAGCCAUUUUGCCUUCUCUCCCAAAUUCCAAAGCUCCAAACAUUGAAGUUUGAAAGUUUUAACGCACAGAGCUGAAAAGAAAAUCUCGUGAAAAAAAAAAAGUUUGAAAAAAAAAUGGGAGGGUCAUCGGAAACGAAGUUUUUGCAAGAACUGGUACUGUACGCGGCGAGCGCCGCUCUAAGUUGCUUGGUGUUGUUCGCGGGACUCCGACACCUCGACCCGAACCGAGAGGCCUCGAAGAAAGCGCUCGAGCACAAGAAGGAGAUCGCCAAGCGCUUGGGUCGCCCCCUCAUCCACACCAACCCUUACGAGGAUGUCAUUGCCUGCGAUGUUAUAAAUCCUGACCACAUUGAUGUGGAAUUUGGCUCUAUUGGAGGACUUGAAUCCAUCAAGCAAGAAUUAUUUGAACUAGUUAUACUACCACUACGGAGGCCUGACCUCUUCUCCUAUGGGAAGCUUCUUGGUCCCCAGAAAGGAGUAUUGUUAUAUGGACCUCCUGGUACUGGAAAGACAAUGCUUGCCAAAGCUAUUGCAAAAGAGUCUGGAGCAGUUUUCAUUAACGUGAAGAUAUCAAGUCUCAUGAGCAAAUGGUUUGGUGAUGCGCAAAAACUCGUUGCUGCUGUAUUUAGCUUAGCUUAUAAACUUCAGCCAGCUAUCAUAUUUAUUGAUGAGGUGGAUAGUUUCUUGGGGCAGCGUCGUAAUACAGAUCAUGAAGCAUUAGCAAAUAUGAAGACUGAGUUCAUGGCUUUAUGGGAUGGAUUCACCACAGAUCAGAAUGCUCGAGUGAUGGUUCUUGCUGCUACUAAUCGUCCAUCAGAACUUGAUGAAGCAAUACUCCGGCGUCUUCCUCAAGCAUUUGAAAUUGGGAUACCCGACUGCAAGGAAAGGGCUGAGAUACUGAGGGUGAUUCUGAGGGGUGAGAGGGUUGAAGACAACAUUGACUAUGACCACAUAGCUAGCUUGUGCGAAGGUUACACAGGUUCAGAUCUUCUUGAACUCUGUAAGAAAGCAGCAUAUUUUCCUGUCAGGGAUCUACUGGAUGAAGAGAAGAAUGGGAAACAGUUAUCAGCACCGAGGCAUUUGUCAGAGUCAGAUUUGGAGAAAGUUCUUGCCACAUCACAAAAGACAAAGGUAGUUGCUAGUGAAUACACUGGAUUAACCUCACAAUCAUCAGAUUAUCAGGUUCGAGCAGCAAUAAAUGAGCUAUCUAAGCUUGUGGUUUCCCAGAUUUUCAACCUUAAAUCAGAUUCCCAGGAGCCGUGAAGGUGGGGGGGAAGCUCACAUUGAACCCAAGUGCCCAGAAGCAAGUUUGAUCUAUUGUUUUUGACAGCAACUCUCACAGUUAGUCAUAGAGAAUUUGCAAUACAUUUCUGAGAUUUGUUAAUGGAUUGUCAUUUAUGGGUGAUUUUUCAAAGGUCCACGAGAUUGGAACAAUAUAAUUAGUAUAGUUCUGCAUCC